AAAAAAUAUCUGUCAAGAGACAGUCACAACGAGCCGGCAACAUUACAAUCGAAGCCACAUGCGUUGCGCGUUUUUAGUGCUUGGGGUCAUUAAAAACAUAAAAAAUGGCUUCGUUAUUUAUGUUUGAUACAUCUGGCGACCAGCAACUAGUUACUGCAAAAGGUGUCCAAGCGUCUGCUGCUUUAUACAACGACGCUUGCAAAGAUCGGUUGCUGGGUAAUGAUCACGAGGACAGUGAAGAUGAGGAUGAUGAAUCGGAAGAAAUUGAAUUGUUUGGAGUCAAGGUGAACAGCAAGGAUGUACGAAAAGCGGUUAAGUCGUCUUCACAAGAAACUACACUAAAAGCGCCAUCCAAAAUUGCCUUGCAACUGACUGAACUUACGGAGAAGGUUAACGAGGCCGCACAAAAUUCGAGCACACACAAACUGGCGAAGCGUCAACGCAUAACAGAUCUCCACAAUGAUCCUAGCGAGAAUAUGAAAGAGCGAAAGGCGAAUGUCGAUGUGGAUAUGCAAAAAACAAAGCGUAUUCCCGGAUUUGAGCAGCUAAAAGCAUUGCCCACAGUCUCCAGACGGAAACAGCCCAAACUGAAUAGAGCGGAGCGUGCGAAGACAAAGGGCAGCGGUUGGUUCGAUUUACCAGCAACGGAAAUCACUGAUGAAAUGCGCAAUGAAUUGAAAGUCAUACAAAUGCGUUCCGUGCUGGAUCCCAAACAUUUCUACAAGAAGAAUGACCUCAAGGUGCUGCCCAAGUACUUCCAGAUCGGCACAGUACAGCAUUCGCCGCUCGAUCAUUACAGUGAGCGUCAUACGCGUAAGACCAAAAAGUCUCUGGUGGAUGAGCUGUUGGCGGAUGAGGCCUUCCAGAAGUUCAACAAACGAAAGUACAAGGAAGUGAUUCAACGCACCGACAAGUAUGCGCACAGGAAAGCCAUGAAAAAGAUGAAGAAACUAAAGAAACGCAAAUAAAAAUUCAGCUUAAAACUGCAUUCUUUGAUUAAUGUUUUACCUUGACUUGGUUAAUUGUAUAUACUAUUGUAUAUAUUUAGAUUUGUGCCCAUUUGUCACCUUCUUAAUGAAAUCUGUAAAACCUUUCUUAUAAAUUGUAUACAGAGAUCGUAGAAAA